AUGAUUCAGUUCAUGGAGUGGUACGUUCCUGAUGACCACCAGCAUUGGUUGCGACUUCAACGAGCUCUCCCUGAACUCAAGAAAACCGGGGUGGACAACGUUUGGAUCCCCCCGGCCUGCAAGGCUUCCUCCCCGAGCGGAAAUGGCUACGAUAUUUACGACUUGUAUGAUCUGGGAGAGUUUGAUACCAAGGGAUCUGUCGGGACCAAAUGGGGCACCAAGGAAGAGUUGCUGAAAGCAUGCCAAAUAUCCGAUGAUUUGGGCAUGGGGAUAUAUUUUGACGCCGUGUUGAAUCACAAAGCCGCUGCCGAUCAUAUCGAAACAUGUCGAGUGGUCAAAGUGGAUGCCAAUAAAGAUCGCAAUCAAACCAUCUCCGGUGUCUUCGAGAUUGAUGGCUGGUUGGGAUUUGAUUUCGAGAAAAGAGGAGACAAAUACAGCAAACAGAAAUAUCAUUGGUAUCACUUUUCGGCAACCGAUUACGACAAUAAAUCCAAGGAGACGGCCAUCUACAAAAUCCUAGGGGACAACAAACGCUUCGCAACGGACGUCGAUGCAGAGAAGGGCAAUUAUGAUUACCUGAUGUUUGCCGAUCUCGACUAUGCACAUCCUGAAGUUCAAGAAGAUGUCAAGAACUGGGGGGUCUGGGCCUCCAACGAGUUAAAACUCAACGGAUUCCGUUUUGACGCUGUCAAGCACUAUUCGGAAUCUUUCCUCCUAGACUUCAUCAAUAAUCUCGAUACCAAACUCGGUCAUGAAUCCUUUUGUGUCGGCGAAUUCUGGAAAACUUCUCUGGAUGCUCUUGUCGAUUAUCUACGUAAGAUGCAUCACAAGUUUACCCUCUUCGACGCGCCACUCGUGGAAAAUUUCCACCGAAUUUCCACUGGGAAUCGAGCCGAUCUUCGCACUGUCUUCGACAACAGUCUGACUCAAGUCGAGCCGUACAACUCGGUGACACUCGUCAUGAAUCACGACACCCAGCCCAGUCAGGCUCUUCAAAUCGAUGUGGCCGAUUGGUUCAUCCCGUUGGCAUACGCCUUCAUUCUUCUCCGUCCCCAUGGCUACCCAUGUCUAUUUUAUGGCAAUAUCUAUGGGAUCAAGGGCGGCGUUGAGAACGACUGGCGGGGUCCGUCAGCAGGAGGUAAGAUCCCUGACAUGACCCUCGCCCGCAAGCUGUAUGCCUACGGUGAGCUGAAUGACUACUUUGACAACCCCAACCUCAUUGGCUGGGUCAGGCGAGGAACUUGGGACAGGCCUAAUGGCUGUGCCGUGGUCCUCAGUAACGCCGAGAUGGGUGAGCUUCGAAUGUUUGUAGGUGAAAUGCACAAGGGACAGAUCUGGACCGACAUUAUGGGCUGGCAAGACCGUCAAGUUCAUAUUGGAGACGAUGGAUUCGGGAUGUUCAGUGUUGGCAGCUGUAGCGUAAGUAUCUUUGUAAAUCAAGAUGCGGAAGGGCGGGAUAAAUUUGGAAAGUUCAAUGACCGGAUCUAUGAGUAG